AUGAAGAAGCAUUUGCAUGAAGCAUUCACCAUAAAAGACCUUGGGAAUUUGAGAUAUUUCCUGGGAAUCGAGGUAGCAAGAGGAAAUGCGGGAACUAUGAUAAAUCAGAGGAAGUAUGCUAUGGAUAUUGUGAAGGAUGUAGGGAUGGAAAAUGGAACAACUACUACAUUUCCAUUCCCUAAGGGAGUAAAGUUGACAAAGGAUGAGGGAGAGAUGUUAGAAGAUCCCGAGUCAUACAGAAGGCUGAUUGGCAGGCUACUUUAUCUUAAUCUCUCAAGGCCUGAUUUGACUUUCUCUAUACAGCAACUAAGUCAGUAUGUUGGCUGCCCAAGAAAACCUCACAUGCAGGCUGCAUUACAUGUUGUAAGAUAUUUGAAAGGAACACUGAAUUUAGGAUUAUUCUAUCCUAAACAAAAUGAUCACAUAGUGAUUGGCUAUAGUGAUGCAGAUUGGGGAACUUGUGCUUAUAGUGGAAGAUCAUUAACUAGUUUCUGUGUCUUUCUGGGAUCAUCCUUGAUCUCUUGGAAAACAAAGAAGCAAAAGGUGGUGUCAAAGUCAUCUUGUGAAGCUGAAUUAAGAAGCAUGUCUCAGACUACGAGUUAG